ACAUUAGUUAAUUGGUAAUUAAUAUACGCUGUGGCAACUCACAACACGCGUAAUAUAAUAUAAUAACUGUUCUAUGGACUAGCUUAUGCUCAACAAAUAAAUUGUACACUUGGAAUUGAAAUUACAUUUGGAGCAUUAGCUUUUCAUUGUUGCGCGCAGCCACAAUAUUUGCAAUCUUUUAUUUUAGUAAAUAAUAAAUACAUUUUUUUUUAUCAAUUAAAGUUGCUAACGACUAGUGAUCUUAUUUUGUAGAAUUUAUUAAGCAUGUAAAAUAGAAAAAGUAUGAGAUAAAUGGAACAUAAUUAUUGGUCAAUUCGAUUCAUUUCAUAUAAUAAAUUCAAUGUUUUCCCUUUAUUAUUUCUUUCCUAUGAAGAAAUUUCAUAUAAACUUUUGAUAUCGUUUCCCCUGAUUUUCAAGACAUCACAGUUAAUAAUGUGUAAGGAUUCACUUUAGUUUGCUCUAAGUACGUUCGAAAUACGUUUUACUGUACUUGACACAUUACUACCGAGUUGUUACUGUUUAUGUAUCCAUGGAUAACAACCAAAUAUCUUUUGUAUGCAGUAUAUAUCUGUCAAUGUAUGUAUCAAAUCAAAAUCAAUUUUCGAAAAUGAUCCUUCGACGUAAGGAUGUCGAAUUAGUUCGAAAAACCUGGAGAUUAAUGUUUUGAGUUUGCGUGAUGUCUACGAUUUUUUUGAAAAAGUACAAGGUACUACAAAAAAUUGGUGAAGGAUCCUUCUCAGAAGUAGUGAAAUGUCAGGAUCGAGAGAGCGGAAUACUCUACGCGGCGAAACGACUGAAAAAAAUUUACCAGAACAUGAAUGAAGUCUUAGAAAGUACGGAGGUAAUAGCAAUGAGAAAGAUCAGUCGGCAUCCAAAUAUCCUAUACAUGGUUGAAUCCCACUGUGACCCCUUACCAGGGAAAGUCACGCUAAUAUUCGAAUUGAUGGACAUGAGUCUCUAUGAUAUGAUGAAAGCAAGAAAAGGACGUAUCAUUCUAGAACAAAAAGUCAAGAUAUAUCUGUACCAAUUACUUAAGGGACUUGAGCACUUACACAGACAUGGAAUCUUUCAUCGUGAUAUUAAGCCUGAAAAUAUUUUACUGAAGGGCGAUGUAGUAAAACUCGCAGAUCUUGGCUCCAUUUGUGGAAUUUACAGUAGGCCACCGUAUACUGAAUACAUAUCAACCAGAUGGUAUCGUUCACCAGAAUGUCUUUUAACCACUGGUUUCUACGGUCCCAAAAUGGAUGUCUGGGCAACUGGUUGCGUUUUCUAUGAAUUACUGACUCUAAAGCCACUGUUUCCUGGUGCAAAUGAGGUAGAUCAAAUAACAAAAAUUCAUGCUAUCUUAGGCACACCUCACUCAAGAGUAGUUGCAAAAUUUCGCAGGCACAAAUCCAGAAACUGCGAAUACUUCUUUCCAAGCAAAGCAGGUUCCGGUGUUUGUAAUUUAUUGCCACAAGCUUCUGAAACAGGCAGAGACAUUCUUAAGCUGAUGUUAAUAUAUGAUCCUGAGAACAGAAGUAACGUGAAGAGACUCCUGGAUCAUAGAUACUUCAGUGACUUGCGAGAAAACGAGUCAACAAGGCAGUUAAAUACUGUGACAAUAUCAAACUCAUCUCAUGAUCCUCAUCAAUGGCGAAAUCCAGUUCUUUUGAGUUACAUAACGUCGGAACGUCGUCGCAAAACAAAAGUAAGCUUUACAAUUUUCUGUAUAAUUUGUGUCUUACAAAUAAUAUUCUUGUUACAGCCAUUAUUCAUUCAAAAACCAAAACCUCGUAGCAAUAUGACCAAAACGCCAAGAGCUGUGGCAUCCAGUCCUAAUGCUAUGCCCAAUCUGUUGAAUAAAUUAAGUUCAUCAAAAAUGACUUGGUCAGAUAAAAGCAAUGUGACUAUCGCUGAUGAUUCUAAAAGAUUGGAAGAAACAUGGGUAGCUGGAAAUGUAUAUUCCUCAAGGAAAUUACUUGGUUUGUUAAAAAUUGCUGAUACGAAUGCAAAGAAUGAUUUAUAUGAAGUAUCCGAUGGCUCGAAUUUGAAGUUACCAACUGUAAAAUAUAGUAGUAAUACCAUUGCUUCUAAAGGAAGUGGUACGAGUACACCGAGAUCAAAAAGUUUUUUAGUUAAAAAUGAUUUCUCUAAUUAUGGUAGUCAGUAUAAUUUUGGUGGAUUGGAUAUGAUGGAUCAUGGCUGCGAAGAUAGAGUGCACAGUAGUGAUCAUAGAACUAUUAAUGAGGAAUAUCAUUCUUAUAAGAGUUUUCUGCCAUAUAUUGUUCCUCAUAAAUUUGAUGGACGUUAUUACGGUUUUCCUGUUGGUCCAACUGGAUCAGCACCAAAUCAAAAUUAUAAUGCGAAGCCAUUUACAUACAGUGACAGUCAUCGAAGAACAAGACUGGCUACUAUUAUUGAACAACCGUCACCUGAUAUCAAUUCCAGAAAAAUAUCAGGUCAGAUAAAAUCACCAAAUACAAAAAGUCCAGCCAAAAAGAUAGCUAAACACGAUAUCUCAAGCAGUCCUAACGUACGUACGGUACUGCCAAAGAAACUUAAAUCUAGUCCUAGAAAAAUAUACGACAAGCGUAUCAGGCAUGAUACUAAAUAAGAAUAAAACAUUUCAUCAGACUAAUAAUUGAUAGUU